AUGGCCCGUGUGGCGGCGCGCCAGCUCGCCGCCGCGCUGCUCCUCCUCCUCACUGCAGUCGCCGUCGCCAUCGACUUCCCCGCCUACCCACGGCAUUCCCUCGAGGAGGACAUCCCGGAGGACGACUACGGCGGGGACGGCGUCGGGGGCGGCGCGGCGGCCGGCGGGGGCGGGACCAAGGGCCUCGCCGGCAACCCCGUCGUCGCCGAGAUCGUCAACAAGCGCCUCAAGGCCCUCACCGCCACCUUCGCCAUGGCCAUCCGCGGCGAGCUAGGAUACUGCAUCAAGGACACGGACUCGGAGUGGGACCAGGCCUUCAACUUCACCAAGGACACGUCCUUCCUCAACACCUGCAUGAAGCAGACCAAUGGUGACCUGCACCAGCGCGUGUGCACCGCCGCGGAGAUGCUCUUCUACUUCAACAGCCUCAUGGACAGCGGGGAGGAGACGAGGGGGGAGAAGAGCUACAUCAGGCCCAACAAGAACUGCAACCUCACCUCCUGGAUCGACGGCUGCGAGCCCGGCUGGGCAUGCAGCGCCGGGGAGCAGAAGGUCGACCUCAAGGACUCCAAGGACAUACCCUACAGAGCCGACGACUGCCAGGCUUGCUGCGCCGGCUUCUUCUGCCCCCACGCUCUCACCUGCAUGAUACCUUGCCCUCUUGGAGCAUACUGUCCGGAGUCCACCUUGAACAAAACUACAGGCAUCUGCGACCCAUACAACUAUCAACCACCCGCUGGGAGCCCCAACCACACUUGUGGCAGUGCUGAUAAUUGGGCAGAUGUGAUCAGCACUGAUGAUGUGUUCUGCCCAGCUGGAUACUACUGCCCCAGCACCACCAAGAAACUCCCUUGUAGUAGUGGGUUUUACUGCAGGAAGGGAUCAACAGCACCAACCAGAUGCUACAAGAAGAGCGCUUGUCCACCGAACUCUGUUAAUCAGGACAUAACAAUUUUUGGCGUAUUGUUAGUGGUUGCCUCCUGUUUAGUCCUUUUGAUCAUCUACAAUUUCUCUGGCCAACUUCUGACCAACCGUGAGAAGAAGCAAGCAAAAUCUCGAGAGGCUGCUGCAAGGUAUGCGAAAGAUACUGCACAGGCUCGGGAAAGGUGGAAAUCUGCUAGAGAUGUCGCCAAGAAGGCCAGCAGUGGCCUGCAGUCGCAAUUGUCGCGCACCUUCUCGCGCAAACAGAAGCCUGGACAGACAGGGGGGAUGUCGUCGAAAGGUCUUCCUUCAGUCGGAGCAGAUGGUGGUGGAAAGAAGGACAACUUCGCCGACAUGAAUGAAGAUGCACCGGAGCCAGAUUUUCAUCUGGAAACCGGAGACAAAGGCAAAAAACCAAAAGGGAAACAGAUGCACAGCCGGAGCCAGAUUUUCAAGUAUGCAUAUGGUCAAAUUGAGAAGGAAAAGGCCCUGCAACAGGAGUUACAGGAGAACGACAACAACUUGACCUUCUCUGGCGUGAUAAACAUGGCGAAAGAGCAUGAUGAAACUUCGAGAAUGGUCAUCGAGAUCGCGUUCAAGGAUCUAUCUCUGACAUUGAAGGGCAGUAAGAAGAAGCUUUUGAGGUCCGUGACUGGAAAGCUCAUGCCUGGCCGUGUAGCCGCUUUCAUGGGCCCAUCUGGUGCUGGUAAGACCACAUUUCUAAACGCUAUCGCCGGCAAGGCAACUGGUUGUGACACAUCAGGCUUGGUACUUAUCAAUGGUAAAGUAGAGCCCAUUCGUGCGUAUAAGAGGAUUAUUGGCUUUGUUCCCCAAGAUGACAUUGUCCAUGGCAACCUAACUGUUGAAGAAAACCUCUGGUUCAACGCAAGAUGCAGGCUUUCAGGAGACAUGUCAAAAGCUGAUAAGGUCCUCGUCGUGGAGAGGGUCAUUGAGUCUUUGGGGCUGCAGGCAGUUAGAGAUUCUCUGGUCGGGGAUGUGGAGACACGUGGCAUCUCCGGUGGUCAGCGCAAGAGAGUCAACGUCGGUCUAGAAAUGGUCAUGGAACCAUCGGUGUUGAUCUUGGAUGAGCCAACUUCUGGUUUGGAUAGCGCAUCCUCCUUGCUUCUUCUCCGCGCCCUUCGCCGGGAAGCUCUUGAAGGCGUCAACAUCUCCAUGGUUGUUCAUCAGCCUAGCUAUACGCUGUACAGAAUGUUUGAUGACUUGAUACUUCUCGCAAAAGGGGGCAUGACGGUAUACCAUGGGCCGGUGAAGAAGGUGGAAGAAUACUUCUCAGGGCUGGGCAUUGUUGUGCCAGACCGUGUGAACCCACCCGACUACUAUAUCGACAUAUUGGAGGGCAUCGUGAAGCCAAACAUGAGUGCGGGCGUAACCGUGAAAGACCUGCCGCUCAGAUGGAUGCUGCACAAUGGCUACGAUGUUCCACGGGACAUGCUGCAGAGUUCCUCCACGUCUGAAUCUUCGUCCGGAGGAAGUGCAGGACCUUCCUCCCCCAGUGCUGGCGCAGGCCCAUCCUUCGCAACAGAACUGUGGGCCAAUAUCAAGGAUGUCAUCAUGCGGAAGAAGGAUGAGUUUGAUUAUAACAAGUCAACCGAAGAUUUGUCGAACCGCUGCACUCCCGGCAUCCUUAGGCAGUACAGGUACUUUCUGGGAAGGGUUGGCAAGCAAAGGCUCCGGGAGGCAAGGAUUCUCGGUGUUGAUUACUUGAUACUCUGCCUUGCUGGGAUAUGCCUAGGGACGCUGGCCAAAGUUAGCGACGAGACAUUUGGGGCGCUUGGGUACACUUACACUGUCAUUGCUGUCUCUCUGCUUUGCAAAAUCGGAGCCUUGAGGUCGUUCGCACUGGACAAGAUAUACUACUGGAGGGAGAGAGCCUCGGGGAUGAGCUCGCUGGCUUAUUUCCUGGCCAAGGACACCAUCGACCACUUCAACACCAUCGUCAAGCCCAUCGUCUACCUCUCCAUGUUCUAUUUUUUCAACAACCCCAGGUCAUCCAUAUGGGAGAACUACGUCGUCCUUGUCGCACUUACGUACUGCGUAACAGGCAUUGGAUACACCUUUGCCAUCUUCUUCCAGCCUGGCUCCGCACAGCUGUGGUCUGCACUCCUCCCAGUCGUUCUGACCCUGAUAGCAACUCAGCAGAAGAACACUAUCAUUGCUGAUCUUUGCUACACAAAGUGGGCUCUGGAGGCGUUCGUGAUCGCCAACGCUCACAACUACUCCGGGGUGUGGCUGAUAACACGAUGCGGUUCGCUACAAAAGAGCGGCUACGACAUCAGCAACAGAAGUCUCUGUUUAUGGGUGCUCAUGGCCAAUGGGGUGAUCUUCCGCUGCAUAGCCUUCUUCUGCAUGGUAGUCUUCCAGAAGCAUUAA